UUGAAAAAAAUACAAAUUCCAAUAGAAUCAGAGAUGAAUAUCGGCGAAAUCGAAACAUCGAUAACGCAACAUUUUGCUUAUUUGCACGGUGUCCUGCAAAACAUCGAAAAAAGAAUGAUCGAUAGACUUUAUAAACGGAAUAACAAAUGUGAUGAAGGAAAUAUCAUGAAAAUCGAGUCGCAAUUGAAGUCCCAUUACAAAUUGAUAAAAGACGUAUUAGCGAUAGCUACUAAUGCCGUGUCACAACAUAUUCAAGAAGUCGACUUGCAACACAUAAUCAACCAAUUGAAACAAAUCACCGAUGUGCCUUUUCAUUUAUUAUCAAAAACUCCUAUUAAUGAAAAUAAAAUAAUAUUUGAAACUGAAAAUAGCAUAGUUGAAGCUUUGAAUAAACAUUGUAAACUCGAGAUACCAUCAAUACCAGAAUUAUCUCUUGUUCGGACUGAAUCCUUACCCGAAAAUUAUCAAAUUGAACCAUUGGAUGAGAAAAUAACUAUUCCCGAAUUUUCCCAAUUAAAAAAACUUUUGGAUAAUUGUAAUUCAUCGGCAUCUGUUUCGGAGGUUUCUAAUCAAUCGAAAUCUGCCAGAAGGGUCAAAAUUCUAAAGAUCAUUGAUCCAACACAUUUUUACGUUCAAAAUGUAUCCGAUCAAUCAGCAUAUGAAAAAUUAUCGAACGAUAUUCAAUUGUACAGUCAUGAAGCAAUCUGCCCUCCAACGUAUCUUAUUCGUGUCAAUGAAAUGUUCAUGGUAUGUCAUUAUUUCGAUAAAAUGAAACUGGAAAAGAAAUGGUAUCGAGGAGUCAUUCAGAAAAUUGAAAAUGUAGGAACUGAAAUACAUUAUAAUGUAUUAUUCAUCGACAUCGGACAUUUAGAAAGUCAUGUAUCAAUUGAUCGUAUAAGAGUCAUCCCAAAGAAAUUUCUUUUGAUACCUGCAUACGCCAUAAAAUGUAGCUUAUACGGUAUCUCUCCAGUUAAUGAUUCUUAUAAUAAGGCAGCUAUUAAAAUAUUUCGUAAAUUUGUUCAAAAAAAUAAAAUAUAUAUGAUGUACGUCAUGCAUACAACUGAUUCGGUUAGUCACGUUGAUCUUCAUGCCGACAAUUCAGUAGGAGAAGAAUCAUUCUCUGUUCGUAAUAAUAUGAUAUUUUCAAAUUGUGGUGUAACUGCAACAGAAAGUAUUCAUCCAUUGGAUCAAUAUAUACAGAUUGAUCUAUUUCCGAAGCAACAUACAUUUUUUUAUGAAGAUCUCACAAUAAACAAGAAAACCAUAGUCAAAGUUCAACAUAUCAAUUCUAACUUAAUAUAUGUUACCAAGUUCGAAGAUGGUGAAAAUUUUAAUAACGUGCUUAUGAAGGAAAUGAAUAAUUAUUUUAAUGAAAAUAGUGAUAAUACUGAGAUAAAACGUUUUUGUUCAAAAGGUGAUGUUUGCGCUUUUUCAAUUUCAAAAUCAUGGUAUCGUGGAUUAGUAGUUAAUAUCAAUUCUAAUUCGCAAAUUACUGUAUUCAGCGUUGAUUAUGGAUUUAUUACCCUUAUAAAAAAUAUCAAAAACAUAAGAGAAUUGCCUGAAUUUUUCAGGUCUAGUAAAGCGCAAGCGAUAAAAAUUUCUUUGGUAAAUAUAAAGCCAUCUAAUAACUUAAAAAAGUGGAGUUCGGAUACCUACAGGUUUAUACGCCAAAAUUUGCAUCUUAAAAUCGUCAUAAUAAUUCCUGUGGAAAUAAAAAAAGAUAUUUAUCAAGCUCAUUUAUAUAUUGAUGAUUAUAGUUUUAAUACGCGUUUAGUUGAUGAAGGUUACGCCGUUUUUAUAAAUCCAAAUUUGAUAUGUCAAAGUUCUAAAACAAAAUAUUGUCCAACAACAAAAUCUGUCAUGGAGGGACUACGUUUAUCCCUAGAUGAACAAGAAUACGAAGGAACAUCAAAAUUAAUGAUGAUCGAACCUGAUCCUUUCAAAGUAUCCAUUCAAAUACAUAAAUCAGUGUCACCCAAUUGCAUUUACGUUUCUGACAUGCUCCGUAUGAAAGCUAAAACAGAAUUUAUGUCAAAAUUAAAUGAUUUUUAUUGGAAAUAUCAUCCGUCACAAAUGAAAGUAUGGACGAAGGAUUCCCUCUGUGUUGUAUAUUAUGAAAAAGAAAAAUGUUAUUUUCGUGGUUAUAUAUUAAAAAUCCUAACAACGGAAAAAGCUCUUGUAUCAUUCUAUGACGUGGCCAUUGAAGAAGAAAUACCAAUAAAAUAUAUAAAACCGUUGCAUCCAAUGUUCCAUAAGGAAUCAGCAUUUGUUUUCAAAAUAAAGCUCGCUGGUCUUUUACCUUGCGGUGGUACCGAAGUAUGGCCAAUCUUAUCGUGCCAAAAAUUAUUUGAUAUAUUACAUGAAAAUCAACAUGUCCCAUUUUAUAUCACACUAGCAGAAAAAAUCAAAAACAACGAAGAGAUACUUGUUGAACUUUGGAUGAAGAAGUCGAUAGCAGUUGGACCGUUAUCGCCAGACAGAAUAGAAAUAAUUUCGGUUAAUAAAAUGUUAGUUGAAAGUGGACUAGCUUUACCAAUAAAAGGCUAUAACGCAGAAAAAGAAAAGAUAUUAGCCAUUGAAUUUAUGCGACAAUUAUUAAAAACUCAAAUAACGCAUGAAGAUGAAGCAAAUAAUGUAGAAUCUGAUGACAAAAAUAUGUCAUCUUCCAUGGAGGAAUCAAAUCAAUUAGAUGAUAUUCCUAUGUCUAGUAAUUUGGAAAAAAUUGAAAAAGAAAAAGUAAACAUCAGGAAAAUUGAAGACAUCAAAUCAGAAAAAGAUAAUGAAGAUGAUAAAAAACAGAAUAAAUUAGAUGAAAAAAAGGAUCUUUCUUCGGAGGAGGAGGAGGAGGAGGAGUAUGAAGAAGUAGAAAAUAUUAGAAAAGAUAUUGAAGAUGAAGUAUGUCAUGAUAAAGAUGAAAUAAAAAAUGCAAUAAAUAAUAAUGUAAAGAUGGAAGUAGAAGAUGAAUCAAAUAAUAAAUCACAAAAUGAAUUAAAGGAUUUAGAAGAUAAUUCAACUUUUAGAGAAGAGAAUAAAGAUGUUGAAAAAGAUGAAGAUGAAGAUGAAGAUGUAGAUGUAGAUGUAGAUGUAGAUGAGGAUGAAGACGAAGACGAAGAUGAAGAAGAUGAAGAUGAAGACGAAGACGAAGAAUAUGACGAAGAAGAAGGUAAUAAUAAAAAAGAGCAUAAAUUUAUGUUGAACAAUAUCAAUAAGAGCAAAAAAUCGGAUUUAAUAGAUUGGUUACCUGCUCUUCCAUUAAAAAAUAAAACUUUUAUUGGUAUACCAACAAACGUGGAUUACUCUGCAAAUAUUUAUUUACAUUGUAAAAAACAAGGAAAGAAGACGCUUCAAUAUAUAGAAUCGAUAUUGUCUGAAUAUUGUCAAAAAGUGAAAGUAAAAGCAUGUGAUAAAAAAUGGAAGAAAGGUGAUAUAUGCAUUGCACAAUAUCAUGCUAACAAUCUUUGGUACAGAGCUAAAGUAUUGGCAGUUUUAAAUGAAAAUACAGUAGAGGUACAAUUUGUAGAUUAUGGAAAUGUAGAAGAAUGUAAGAUUGGAUGUUUAAAAAAGAAAGUUAUGUUAAAUAACAUACCAAUUCAAUCUGUUAAAUGUGUUGUUGAAGGUUUAAUUCCGGCAAAUGGGAAAUGGAAAAUAGAAGAUUUGGAUAAAAUACAUUUACUUCUCGUAGAAAAGGAAUGUAAAGUAACUGUUUUAGAAGAAAAGGAUACACACUUGGUUGUAUCCAUAACAAUAUUAGAACCAACAAGAUGUAAUCUUCUUUAUUAUAUUAUUCAUAAAUUAGGAAUUGAUUUAGCAUCUGAUCCAACAUAUUCUGAUCAUUUCAAAUUAUCGCAGAGGAUUCAAUCUCCAAUUUUUUCUAAGUCAAUUAGAGAUAUAAUAAACAGUAAUACUACAUUUAAAAUAAAAACAGAUCAUACGAUGGUGAAGAAAGUAAAUGGCAGCACAAAUUACAAUUAUCUUAUGAAGAAAAUAGAUUAUUUUUUGGAUAACAGUGAUUCCGAUGAAGAAGUAAAAACAAAUAUAAACGAAAUAGAUCUUUCCAGUCCACUAAGAAAACUAUUUUUUGAAAAUAAUGGUUACCAAUAUGUACCAAUGAUUAUUCCUGAAGAUAUCGAUACGUUUGAAGUAAACUUAUGUUAUAAUAAAUCGCUGACUACCUAUUAUGUACAACUAAAUAAAAAUGUAGAAUUGAAGGUAUUGAACGAUUAUUAUAAUCAAUAUAAUCUGUUGAUAGAAAAUUUACAAAAAGAAGCUCCCAAGCAACCCUUGUUGCAAAAUUUAGUUUCAAAUACUCCAUGUUGUUCAUUAUUUUCUGAUAAUAUUUGGUAUAGAUGUCUUAUUAAAGAAGUUAUCAAGACCAAAAAUCCAAACAAAGUUUUAGUUCACUUAUGCUACGUCGAUUAUGGAAAUGACGAACAGCGAAUAAUUACCUUAGAGAAGUGUGAUUUACGUAUAAUGAAAAAAGAAUGGUUCACAUUACCAAUAUUUGCAAUAAAAUGUCAAUUAUGGAAUAUUGAUGUUGACGAUAGUACAGAAACAUCUAAAAUGGUCAAUGAACAAAUGAACCAAAAAUAUAAUACUACCAUCACACUUAAAAUAAAGGAACGACAUGAGAAUAUUUUGUUUGUCGAAUUAUAUACAGAUAAAAAUUGUACUGAAUUGAUUUACAGUUCUUUAAUCGAUGAUGGUUAUUUUCAAUUUAAAGAAGAAAUCCUAAAAGACUGAACAAAGUACACAAUUAGAUUUUGAAUAUAUUUUUGUUUUAGUUUAAUUCAGAGUUUAUAUAAUGAAAAUUUGUUUAAAAUUUAGAGUUUUAUAUGUAUAUUGUUACAAUAUAUACCU